CUGUUUGGCGGUUUCUUCUUCUUCUUCUCUCUCUCUCUCUCUCUCUCUCUAUUAUUAUUCUUCUCCACUCUCUCUCUCUCAGUCUACUUUCAUCAUUAUCAUCAUCAUUUUUCUCAGCUUUAUCAUUGCAUCUUAAAAACAAACAAAAACACAUAGAGAGAAGAAAAAGGCAACAACUUGAUUUGUCGACAACUCACAAAAAGAGAAACCCAACAACGACAGAUCCAAUGAAAAACCGAAUCCGGAUCCGACAUUCUAUCGCAUUUUGAAGAUGAAAUGAGAAUGUGUAUUAGGGAUUAAUCUUCCUUUCUUUGUUUUGUGUUGUGGGUUGUGAAGUGGAUAUUGAAAAAUUGAAAAUUGAUGGGGAUUUGUUUCAGUAUUGAAGACGACCUUCACAGCAUUCCAGUAGGAGUAGGAGUAGCAGGUGGUGGUGGUAUUGGUACAACACCAAGAGCAGAUAAAACCCCAAGAUCCAGCAGCAGCAGCAGCAGCAUUCCAUUAGCUCCGAGAAAUGUGGGAGAUCUACGCCAAAAUCCUGGAAACAGCAACCUUGACAUCUUCACGUAUGAGGAGAUGAGGUUGGCCACCAAGCGUUUCCGCCCUGAUUUAGUAUUGGGUGAGGGUGGAUUUGGCGUCGUCUAUAAAGGAGUUAUCGACGACAAUGUGCGUCCGGGAUACAAGACCACCCAAGUUGCCAUUAAGGAACUUAACCCAGAAGGCUACCAAGGUGACAGGGAAUGGCUGGCAGAGGUUAACUAUUUAGGACAGGUCAGGCACGAUAAUCUUGUUAAGCUUAUUGGAUACUGCUGUGAGGAUCACCAUAGGCUAUUGGUCUAUGAAUACAUGGCAAGCGGCAGCCUAGAAAAACAUCUUUUCCGCAGAGUGGGCUGUACACUGACUUGGUCAAGAAGAAUGAAGAUCGCUCUGGAUGCUGCAAAAGGACUUGCUUUUCUUCAUGGUGCGGAAAGACCUAUCAUAUACCGUGACUUCAAGACGUCAAACAUCUUGUUGGAUGCGGAUUUUAAUGCAAAGCUUUCAGACUUUGGCCUUGCAAAGGAAGGGCCUAUGGGGGACCAAACACAUGUUUCAACGCGGGUGAUGGGCACGUACGGAUAUGCCGCUCCUGAGUAUGUAAUGACUGGACAUCUAACAGCUCGGAGCGAUAUUUACGGAUUCGGGGUAGUUUUGCUCGAGAUGCUUAUUGGAAGGAAAGCUAUGGAUAAAAGCAGACCUAGCCGAGAACACAACCUUGUUGAGUGGGCGCGCCCGCUUUUGAAUCAUAACAAGAAGCUUCUAAGGAUUUUGGAUCCCAGGCUGGAAGGGCAGUACUCAGCUAAAACUGCAAUGAAGGUGGCCCAUUUGGCACAUCUGUGCCUUAGCCAGAACCCGAAAGGCCGGCCUCUCAUGAGUCAGGUGGUUGAAAUCCUAGAAACUUUCCAGGUAAAGGAGGAGAACCAGGAAGAAGCAAUGCUUCAAGGCGGAGGGAACGGUAUAACCCUUUAUGAGGCUCCCAAGACGGCCCCUGCUACUUGUGUCGAGAAGAGAAAUUGGAAUGGUGGUGACGGUGAAAAAAAGGCAGAUAAUAGAAAUUUGUACAAUAGUGAUGGUGUAAAGGUUGUGGAGGUGGGUGGAAAGAGCAAACUGGGAAAUGGAAGGAGCAAGAGUGAACCUCCAAACGAGUUUGAUUGUCGUAUCCAAUCUCCGGAAUAUGGUUUUGGUGAGAAAUCAGCUUCCACGAGAAGCUGAACUUUGUACUAAAAAUGGAUAGAGGUUGAACUGUACAAGAUCCCUCAGCUGGUCUAUCCAUUCGUUUUGUUUUCAUUUUGAUAUUUAUUCUUGUUACCGUAAUGAAAUUUGAGAUUUUUUGUUGAAGCAAGUUCAGAAAGAGUAUCCUCCUGUGCCAAUGUGUUCUUGUGAGUGGGCAGAGUGCUCUGUGUUGAUUUAGCAAAAGUCCAUAAAGAAAUCUUUGGCCAGACCGUAGCAAAUGA